CUGAACCCCGUGUGGGUGACGGGUAGGGACUUGCUGGACUGCUCCCCUCAUCAGGACUGCUCCUCUCUUCCUCCUGGGUGCUGGGGUGGGGUCUGGGCACGCCCUCUUCAGGUGCUUGUUCCUGGCGGGUCUGUGUUCCGUCUACCUCUCACUGCCUCCUUCCUUCCUGUCAGCUCGCUUUCCUCCUCCUGAGGCCACUUGGGAGUAGAGGUUAAAGGAAGCAGGUCACAAAAGGAUUUCCUUUUUGGAGUUGGGGUGCAAAGGGACACAAUGCCUGGGGGCUGCGUGCCACAGAGGGUGUGGCUCCACUCUGGGCUUGGACCAGGGCUCCUCACAGUCACCUCCAGGUCCCCACACGUUGCCCGCAGUCUCCGCACACGUGCAGCAUGUGUUUGUGGCCUUUUGCUGCUGUUAUUAUGCUUUUCCUGGUAGUUGUCAAACUCUUGUCAUGGGCUCAGGCUGGGCUGGUUGCUGAGGUGCAGUGGCAGAAACCACGGCGGGCCUUGCGGGGCUCACCUGCUGGGUUGGGAAGCAGUGAUUCAGGUGGUGGGUGGAGCCCUGAAGGAACACAGAGGGCAGGGAACAGGGACUCAUUUGGUCAGAGAAACUCCUCAGCUAAGAGUUGAACACGAGAGCCCUUCUUUCGUCUGCUGAACCUGCGCAAGCUGGGCUUGAGUGACAACGAGAUCCAGCGGUUGCCCCCCGAAGUGGCCAAUUUCAUGCAGCUGGUGGAGCUGGAUGUGUCUCGGAACGACAUCCCAGAGAUCCCCGAGAGCAUCAAGUUCUGCAAAGCCCUGGAGAUUGCAGACUUCAGUGGGAAUCCCUUGUCCAGGCUUCCUGAAGGCUUUACUCAGCUGCGCAGCCUGGCUCAUCUGGCCCUCAAUGACGUGUCUCUGCAGGCGCUGCCUGGGGACGUUGGCAACCUCGCCAACCUGGUGACCCUGGAGCUCCGGGAGAACCUGCUCAAGUCCCUGCCUGCGUCCCUGUCUUUUCUGGUCAAGCUGGAGCAGCUAGAUCUGGGAGGCAACGACCUGGAAGUGCUGCCUGACACCUUGGGGGCCUUGCCCAACCUGCGCGAGCUGUGGCUAGACCGGAACCAGCUGUCGGCCCUGCCCCCGGAGCUCGGAAACCUGAGGCGCCUCGUGUGCCUGGAUGUCUCAGAGAACCGGCUGGAGGAGCUGCCCUCGGAGCUCGGGGGGCUCGGGGGGCUCACCGACCUGCUGCUCUCCCAGAACUCGCUGCAGCGGCUCCCUGAUGGCAUCGGUCAGCUGAAGCAGCUGUCCAUCUUGAAGGUGGACCAGAACCGCCUGUGCGAGGUCACGGAGGCCAUCGGGGACUGCGAGAACCUGUCAGAGCUGAUCCUCACAGAGAACCUGCUGACGGCCUUGCCCCAUUCCUUGGGGAAGCUGACCAAGCUGACCAACCUCAACGUGGACCGCAACCGCCUGGAGGCACUGCCGCCUGAGAUCGGGGGCUGCGUGGCGCUCAGUGUCCUCUCUUUGAGGGACAACCGCCUGGUGGUGCUGCCGCCCGAGCUCGCGCACACGGCCGAGCUGCACGUUCUGGAUGUGGCGGGGAACCGGCUGCAGAGUCUGCCGUUCGCACUCACGCACCUCAACCUGAAGGCCCUGUGGCUGGCGGAGAACCAGGCGCAGCCCAUGCUCAGGUUCCAGACGGAGGACGAUGCGCAGACCGGCGAGAAGGUGCUCACCUGCUACCUGCUGCCCCAGCAGCCCCCACCCAGCCUCGAGACCCCGGGGCCGCGGAGCAGCCCUUCGGAGAGUUGGGGGGACGCCCCGCUCAGCCGCGUCAGCGUCAUCCAGUUCCUGGAGGCCCCCGUGGGGGACGAGGACGCGGAGGAAGCCGGUGCUGAGAAACGGGGCCUGCAGCGCCGGGCGACGCCUCACCCCAGCGAGCUCAAGGUGAUGAAGAGGGGUGUGGAGCGUCGGAGCGAGGCCGCCUGCUGCAGGCCCGACCCCGUGCAGCGCCCGCCCUCGCCGCCGCCCUCGGAGGAGGGGAGGAGGCUGAGCACCGAGUCUGGCCUGAGUGUGGACUCGCACCUGUCUGCCAGCACAGCCUCCCGGGGUGAACGUGAGAGCCCGCCGGCCGAGAUGGAGGCGCCCAGCCAGCAGGAAUCCACACCAGCUGCUCAGGAGGAGGUCACAGAGGAGGCCUACGAGGAGCCAACGGUGCGCUUCGCGGAGGACACGCUGCUCCCGCCCCGGGAGGAUGGUGAGCGCGGGGAAGGGCAGCUGGAGGCGCCCUGGCCCCUGCCGGCGGGCAGACAGCGGCUCAUCCGCAAGGACACGCCACACUACAAGAAGCACUUCAAGAUCUCCAAGCUGCCCCAGCCCGAGGCCGUGGCAGCCCUGCUGCAGGGGACACAGCCAGACAGCGAGGGCCCAGCAGGGUCUGGGGGCUGGCACAACGGUCCCCACAUACCCUGGGCUCCUCGAGCCGAGGAGGAGGAAGAGGAAGACGAGGCCGAGGAGGAGGAGGAGGAGGAGGAGGAGGAGGCGGCGGCGGGAGCUGAGGAGGGGAAGGAGGAGGCUGUGGCCUCUGCACCCUCUGUCAAGGGGGUGUCGUUUGACCAGGCCAAUAACCUGCUGAUAGAGCCCGCUCGCAUUGAGGAGGAAGAGCUGGCGCUCACCAUCGUGCGGCAGACGGGGGGCCUGGGCAUCAGCAUCGCAGGUGGCAAGGGCUCCACCCCCUACAAGGGGGACGACGAGGGCGUAUUCAUCUCCCGGGUGUCUGAGGAGGGCCCCGCGGCUCGGGCCGGGGUCCGAGUGGGCGACAAGCUCCUCGAGGUGAACGGGGUGGCCUUGCAGGAUGCAGAGCACCAGCAGGCUGUGCAGGCGCUGCGCGGGGCGGGCCCCACCGUGCACAUGCGGCUGUGGCGGGAGCGCAUGGUGGAGCCCGAGAACGCGGUCACCGUCACGCCUCUGCGGCCCGAGGACGACUACAGCCCCCGGGAGCGGUGGGGGGGCGGCCUGCGCCUGCCCCUGCUCCAGCCCGAGCCCGCCGGGCCCCUCCGCCAGCGCCACGUGGCCUGCCUUGUGCGCAGCGAGAAGGGCCUGGGCUUCAGCAUCGCGGGUGGGAAAGGCUCCACGCCCUACCGGGCUGGCGACUCGGGCCUCUUCAUCUCCCGCAUCGCAGAGGGGGGUGCCGCCCACCGCGCCGGCACCCUGCAGGUCGGCGACCGCGUCCUCUCCAUCAACGGGGUGGACAUGACGGAGGCCAGGCACGACCACGCCGUCUCCCUGCUGACCGCCGCCUCCCCGACCAUCGCCCUGCUGCUGGAGCGGGAGGCCGGGGGGCCCCUCGCCCCCAGUCCUCCGCCACCCUCCCCCCCGCCCCCUGCUGCUGCCACCGCCCCCGUGGCCACGGCCACCCCUGGGGAGCCUGGGCUGCUGAGGCUGGCCCCCAGCCUGCUGCCCGCUGCCCUGGAAGGGCCGUACCCAGUGGAGGAGAUCUGUCUGCCGAGAGCGGGGGGCCCCUUGGGGCUCAGCAUCGUCGGGGGCUCGGACCACUCCAGCCACCCGUUUGGCGUCCGGGAGCCUGGCGUGUUCAUCUCUAAGGUGCUCCCGCGGGGCCUGGCUGCACGCAGUGGCCUGCGGGUUGGGGACCGCAUCCUGGCCGUGAACGGGCAGGAUGUGCGGGACGCCACACACCAGGAAGCGGUCGGUGCCCUGCUCCGGCCCUGCCUGGAGCUGGUCCUGCUGGUGCGGAGGGACCCGCCCCCCCCGGGCAUGCGGGAACUCUGCCUCCAGAAGGCCCCUGGGGAGAAGCUGGGCGUCAGCAUCCGCGGCGGUGCCAAGGGCCACGCGGGGAACCCCUGCGACCCCACAGACGAGGGCAUCUUCAUCUCCAAGGUGAGCCCCACGGGGGCAGCCGGGCGAGACGGCCGCCUGCGGGUGGGGCUGCGGCUGCUGGAGGUGAACCAGCAGAGCCUGCUGGGCCUGACGCACGGGGAGGCCGUGCAGCUGCUGCGCAGCGCGGGUGACACCCUGACCGUGCUCGUCUGUGACGGCUUCGACACCAGCGCCACCGCUGCCCCCGAGGUGUCCCCAGGCAUCAUCGCCAACCCGUUUGCGGCGGGCAUUGGCCGCAGGAACAGCCUGGAAAGCAUCUCUUCCAUCGACCGGGAGCUGAGCCCCGAGGGCCCCAGCAAGGAGAAGGAGCUGCCUGGACAGACCCCACAGCGGGGGCCGGAGGCCGUGGUACUGUCUGGGGCAAGUGGAGGGAAGAUGACCGAGGCACCCUGGUCGGGCCACCAGCAGUCCCUCACAUUCUCUCGCAUCCCUCCCCUGAACCCGACUCCUCCCUCUGGCCCCUGCACCUGCCCUUUGCAGACAAAGCCUGGGGUGAUCCAGCCAGUGGCUCAGGCCUGGCCAAGGGGCUCCCCGGCCCCCAGGGGCAGAGGUGAUCCCCAAUCCCCACCCUCCCCGCCCUCCCCGGACGAGCUGCCCGCCAACGUGAAGCAGGCCUAUAGGACCUUCGCUGCCGUGCCAGGCCUGCACCCGCCCCUGGAUGCCCAUGCCCAGCCCCCCACGCCUGGGCCCACGGCCUCCCCGGAGCAGCUGUCCUUCCGCGAGCGGCAGAAGUACUUCGAGCUGGAGGUGCGGGUGCCCCAGGCCGAGGGCCCCCCUAAGCGCGUGUCGCUGGUGGGUGCGGACGACCUGCGGAAGAUGCAGGAGGAGGAAGCGCGGAAGCUGCAGCAGAGGAGGGCGCAGAUGCUGCGCGAGGCGGCAGAUGCCGCGGGGCGCGCGGAAGGCGAGGCCCCUGAGGAGGAGGAGGAGGAGGAGCCGGAGCCCGAGCCCGAGCCCGAGGAGGAGCCGCCCUGGGUCGGCCGGGGCCCAGCCGCAGGGCUUGGCCCCGCGUCCCCCCCGCCGCAGGGAGGCGGCGCCCCGGUGCGGACGGCGAAGGCCGAGCGGCGCCACCAGGAGCGGCUGCGCGUGCAGAGCCCGGAGCUGCCGCCGCCGGAGCGGGCCCUGUCCCCGGCCGAGCGCCGCGCCCUGGAGGCCGAGAAACGCGCGCUGUGGAGGGCGGCCAGGAUGAAGUCUUUGGAGCAGGACGCCCUCCGCGCACAGAUGGUCCUCAGCAAGUCCCAGGAGGGCCGAAGCAAGCGGGGGCCCCUGGAGCGCCUGGCCGAGGCCCCCUCGCCCGCCCCCACCCCGUCACCCACCCCUUUGGAAGACCUCGGCCCCCAGACCGGCACCUCCCCGGGACGCUUGUCCCCGGAUUUUACUGAGGAGCUGAGGUCCCUGGAACCAUCUCCCAGCCCCGGUCUGCCAGAGGAGGAUGGAGAGGUGGCCAUGGUGCUUCUGGGCAGGCCCUCUCCAGGCGCCGUGGGCCCCGAGGAGGUGGCGCUGUGCAGCAGCCGCCGCGCCGUGCGGCCGGGGCGCCGGGGCCUGGGCCCGGUGCCCUCCUAGAGGGCCGGGGUGCCUCCCCCGACUUGGGGUGGGGGCCCUGCCAGCUCCAGCACCACCCUUGCCUCGAGUCUUUUAACCCGGCCGUUAGCAUCUUAAAGAGGGUCCCCUCAGGAGUUCUGGCCGCUGACUAACUGCCCCCUUCCCAGCCGGGACCUCCUGGCGAGACUGUAACUAGUGAUGUUUGUACAACCAAAGACUCUAUUUUGUGGUUUAAGGAGAAUAAAGUUGACUAC